GGAUCAGCACAAAACCGCUUUUCAGACCAGGUACAGUCUGUAUGAGUUUGUGGUGAUGCCUUUCGGCCUUUGCAAUGCUCCUGGCACCUUUCAGCACGCUAUGAAUCGGAUAUUUCACGACUACUUGGAUAAGUUUGUCAUCGUGUACCUCGAUGACAUACUUAUUUUUAGUAGGACUGUCGAGGAGCACGUUGCACACUUAAACAAAGUCCUCAGUCUCCUUCGGCAGCACAAGUUCAAGAUCAACGAGGAGAAAUGCGAGUUUGGUCGCACCCGGAUCUUGUACUUGGGUCAUGAGAUUUCCGCGGAGGGUUUGAAGCCCGAUGACGUGAAGGUGGUCAGCAUUCGUGACUGGCCGCGUCCUCAGUCUGUGACUGAGAUGAGGUCUUUCUUAGGGAUGACCGGCUACUAUCACAAUUUUGUGAAGAACUAUAGCAUAGUUGUCGCCCCUUUGACGGACCUGACUCGCCUUGACACCCCAUGGGAGGGGACAAACAGGUGUGAGGCUGCUUUCAGACAUUUGAAGCAUGCGUUGACACACCAUAAGGUCUUGAAACUUCCUGAUCCUGACAAGCCGUUUAAAGUUACCACAGAUGCUAGCCAAUAUGGCAUAGGCGCCGUGCUCGCGCAGCAGAAGGGGCCAAAGUUUAGGCCAAUGGAGUACACGUCCAAAAAGAUGCCCUCUCAUAAGUUGGCUAAGUCCACCUAUGAGAAGGAGUUGUACGCGAUCUAUAAAGCGCUAACCCAUUGGAGGCACUAUCUCCUUCGGAGGUUCUUCAUCGUCAGGACUGAUCAUCAGACUCUGAAGUGGAUGAGAACUCGGUCUAUGCUCUCUGAUGCGCUGAAACGCUGGAUCGAAGUCAUCGAGCAGUAUGACUUCGAGCCCCAGUACCUCAAAGCUGCAGAACAGGGCACGCAGUUGCACAUGACAUCAGGCAAUCACCCAGAGGCGAAUGGGCAGGCAGAGCAGUUGAACCGCGCUGUACAACACCUGCUGAGGCAUUACAUCAAGCCAAAUCAGGUAGACUGGGAUGAGAAACUUGCUCUCAUCGCCAGCCUGUACAACAACGUUGUGCACAACGCUACGGAAGUGAGCCCGAACAACUUGCUAUUGACUUUCAAGCCUAGACUACCUUUGGACUUCUUACUACCUGAGAAUCAGUCAUCUGUUGCACCAGGGGCCUCAGAGUUUGCUUAUCGGUAUGAGCGCCUGAUGCAGCAGGUUGUUGAGCAGAUGCAUAAAGCACAGGCGGCGAUGAUAGAGUCAGAGAACAAACACCACCGCCCAUCUACAUUUCAGGUAGGAGAAAGAGUCUGGGUUAAGUCCUCAGAACUGGGACAGGAGCACAGGAGAUCCUGCAAGCUCAUGCCACAGUACUUUGGACCAUGAAAGGUUUUAGAUGUCGUUGGGGAUGAACCGGAUGGCCCUUCUUAUGUUAUUCGCAUCCCUGGUCACCUACGCACUUACCCUGUU